AUGGAAUCCAUACAAGAGCAGUCGCAUCCAGAACAUAGCGAGAGAGGACCAUCGCGAGCUUCUGAGGCUUGUGCUCGUUGUCGUCUCAAAAAAGCAAGAUGCUCCGGUAAUACACCAUGCACGAAUUGCAGACUAGCCGAUGCUGUGUGCCACCACGGACACUUCAAGAGGUCUCAACGAAAGAUGUUCCCCGAACACCUUGUGCAGGCGUUAGAAAUACGGCAACAAAAGUUAGAGGCCGCCGUACACACCAUGUAUUACAAGUUGCUUGCUGCGGACGCAUGGCCCGGCCCAAAACUGAUGGAGCACGGCGGAAAACCGCUUAUACACAACAUACUCGCAGUAUUGGAUCUAUCAGGACUCGUAAAUGAGAACUGGGCCCGCCACGACUAUGAGCGGCCUGUAUCGGAGAAGCUGGAGUACGGUGUACCAUGUGACAAUGAAUCCAUUGUGGAAAGUCCAGAGCAGCAGUAUCAGGAACGUCCAAAGUCGCUGCCCACUCAGUUGCAGAGGGGUUCCCACUCG